AUGGCAAUCCCAAAAUACAAGACUUGUACCUGUCCAUGAUGGGUUGACCAGUGGCCACUGAUGUGAAUGCACGCCCUCCUAAUGUGUCCAUUCUGAUGCUCAUCCAAUUCGUUGAAAAUCCAUCCCAUCGACAACUAUGCGCUUCCCCCACCAAUCCAGCAAUCUUUACCACCAUCCCCCCUAUCACCCCACCCCCGCCUCUUGCGUCCCGAAUCGAUUCCCAACUAUUUUUUUUGGCAACUGAUCUAUCCGCCCAUCUUGCCCCUGCAUCUCUCCGCACCAUUAUAUAGGGUCCUGGCCGGACAUGCUUGGACUACCCGGUACCUAUCUUCGCUCCCCGAAGCUUCUUACCUUUCCCCCCUUCCCCUCCCCCUACAACGCCAUCGGAACAUUUCCCAACUAACCAACGCACCCGAUUGCGUUACCCCCUCACAGCCUCCGUCGACUUGGACGAAUGCAUCGAAAGACUCUACAAGAAAGAGCUCUUGGCGGAAUCCGUGAUCGAGGCGAUAUGCAACAAGCUCAAGGAGCAGCUCAUGAGCGAAUCCAACGUUGUACAGAUCAUGGCCCCCGUAACCGUCGUCGGAGACAUUCACGGACAGUUCUUCGACAUGCUGGAGAUCUUCAAAAUCGCUGGCUACUGCCCGGACACAAACUACCUGUUUCUUGGGGAUUAUGUGGACCGUGGCUUAUUCUCCGUGGAGACCAUCUCGCUGUUGGUGUGUCUGAAGCUCCGGUGGCCCUCGAGGGUUUACCUGAUCAGGGGCAACCAUGAGAGUAGGGGGGUUACGCAGAGCUACGGGUUUUAUACGGAGUGCUCGAGAAAGUACGGGAGUGCCAAUGUCUGGCGUCACUUUACGGACAUGUUCGAUUUCCUCACCUUGAGCGUUGUGAUUAAUAAUGAUAUAUUCUGCGUUCACGGAGGUUUGCCACCACCAACCGCGAUCACUUAUCUGCCAAAUUGCUAUGGGUAGUCUGAUUGUCUUUUCUUUUCUUCUUUUCUAGGUCUCUCACCAUCUAUACAUUCGAUCGAUCAGAUCAAGGUCAUCGACCGCUUCCGAGAAAUCCCCCACGAAGGCCCCAUGGCAGAUCUAGUCUGGUCCGACCCAGAUCCUGAUCGCGACGAGUUCUCGUUAUCACCCAGAGGCGCAGGAUACACUUUUGGUGCCCAGGUUGUCAAGAAGUUCCUCGAAGUCAAUAAUCAAUCCCACAUACUCCGAGCUCAUCAGCUCUGUCAGGAGGGGUACCAGCUCCUCUUUGAUGGCUUAUUAUCUACUGUGUGGAGUGCACCAAAUUACUGUUACCGGUGCGGUAACCUGGCUAGUGUCCUCGAGGUGGACUAUGACGGACCACGCUAUUAUAAUGUCUUCGAGGCUGCUCCGGAGAAUAGCGAGCAUAGAGAUGCUGCUGCAGCACAGCAGCAGGAUACGGGCGCGGUUGUGGAGUACUUUCUGUGAUUUUUCCUCCAGGAGGAUGGGACGAUUUUAAUACCAUAGUUUGGGAGUGAGCAACCUGGCUUUUUUUUCUUUUCUUUUUUUUUCUUUUUUUUUUCCAUUCCUCUUUUCCCUCCCUAGUCCCUCUUUACGACCGGUUUUCUGUAAAGGGGGGUUUACAACACGAUAUCCCCCUCUUCCUUUUUUCCUUUCCUCCAAAACCUUCUAUCCUCAGGUCUAGUAACUAAGUAAGCAGGGGUGCGUGAUUAGACUUCUGGAAUGGUUAUAAUUAUGGCAUAGAGGCGUCGUGUGUUUUUUUCUUUUUCACUUGCGUGCUGUUAUCGUUCCUUUUGUCGGUGCAUCCGUGUAUCAUAAAAAGAUGUGUACAGACCGUUGUCGUCGCCAUCGUGCUUGAGUAUCACUCUUCCGCGAGCAUUUCUGUACUUUAGCUGUGAUAUAGCGCUCUGCCGCCAGGGGGAAACUUGGUGUACGAUAUUGGGUGUGAUAUGAAGAGGUUUCGAAUAACUGCAGUACUUGAAUUGUCAUGCAUGAUGUGACAUGACCCACUAAUUAUGGAACGUGGGCAUUUUUUUUCUCGAUCAUAAAUUUUUCUUUUUCCUUCAUCCAACGAGACUAAAAGUGGGUUCCGGGAAAGACGAGACAACUAAUGGCUUUGGUGGCAGUCUUCCUGGCAUCGGUGCGAGGAUUUUCAUAUAUCGCUUUUGCUCAUCGACGGACGCACUGCUCGGCUCAACCAUCGUGGUCAGUAUACCCAACAACCCCGCGGCCACCAGGGAAAAUAUAAAUAGAAGAGAGAGGAGAAGAAAGAAAAGAGGAGAAGAAAACCCACAUAUAGACAAACCCCAUCACUGAGCUCUCCGCCAAAAUAUGCACCCCAUCUCCGACCUCCGCGUGCAGAACCGCAGCGACCGAAUGCUGUAAUAGCAUCGAGCACUCUGCCUGGGCCAGCAAUGCCUGCCCCCCACCCCCGCCCCCGCCCUCUUCGUCGUCGUCAUGGCCGAUGGGCAGCAGGCUAGCGUUGAGCGUGCUCGCCUCGCCCACUCGCCAGAUGUUCAGAUCGUCAAAGCCGACGGUCAUGGUGUAUGGGCUUAGCGUGCGCUUCUUCGGCUCGCCGAAGAAGUACUCGCGGAUGGAACGCUCGCGGGAAGCACGGAGGAAGGCGUCGUCGCGGUCGACACAGCCGCCGGACUUGCUGAGCUUGAUUAUAGAGAUUGGGGGAUGGUGUUGGUGGUUUGGGCGGUCUUCGAAGCGUCGGAGCAUGUCGCUGUACAGCCGCUCGCUGCCGAGGACUACCAGGGUUGUAACAGAGAAUUCGGAGAUGGCGUGGUGUAGGAGAUCGUAGCCGGUGGGCGUUUGGCUGAUGGUGCCGGGGGUGUCGAUUAUUAUG